UCAGCAAUAAAACUGGGAAAGAAAACAUUCCUCUCAGGAGGAAUUGGCUGGAUUUUUUUAAUAAAAUUUUUUAAAUUAUGCCAAACAUCAAACAGAAUCAAAGGUGCAUGUCUAUUAAAACAAUCCCACAGAACAAGGAAUUGAAAAGGGUUACAAAAGCUGAAAAAAUAAGAUUUCAGAUGAGACAAAUAUACUACAAAGUAUAACCUACAAUAUGGGUUUAUAUUUAUAUACACACAAAAUUAAAAGUGGUGGGUACGGUUCUGCUAACAGCUAAUAGCAGAACUAAUUUUAGUUUCGUGGAUUAGCUUUUUUGCUAACUUUGGAAACCGUUAGCGGUAAAAUUCACAAGUCUGUUCCUUUCUGUUUGGGGCUCGAUUUAUGAAUUGUUCAGUUAUUCUUCAAGUUAUAGAAGUUGAUUGAGUGACAGUUGUCGCAGCAGUUAGCGUUAGCUUCUGCUAACUUUUCAAUCUGUUUAGCGUUAGCGAAGCUAAUAUUUUAAUUAGUGAAAUAUGGGCUAGCAACGCUAUCUUUCUGUUUAGCUGUGCUGCCGAAAUCUACAAUCUGACAGUGAAAUAGCGCCUCAGUUGGAAACCAAAUGUAUGUGGAUGUUGGGAAGAAAAAAAGGACUAAAACAAAGAAAAUACCUCAAAACUUUGACGAAAUGAUUCAUACAAAGGGGAUAAAAUUAACAAAGUAGAAAAGGAUGUUAAUCUUUUUAUUUUACAAAACAUGCAAAAUGGGAACAACCACAACAAGUUUUAUCUAUUAAAUUAAACAAAAACAAAUGGAUGAUUAUUACUAGACUGCUUAAAUACAACACAAAAAAACCCCAAAACAAUCUAAAAUAUUAUACAAAAAGAAAACAAAUGCUGGGGGGCCCAUUUUUAUAAAUGUGAAAUAAAAGACAACACAACUUUGAACAUGUAUUACAUUCUAUUCAAAAUAAGGAAGUAAAUCACAAUAAAUCUAAUAUAUUUUAUGUAUAGAAAACCAAAAUCCAUUCAAAAGUUAAAACAGAAAUUAAGACCUUUUUAAUACAAAAUCACCAUAAAAGCGUAAAAUUUCCCCUGCAGCUUAAAGGCCUGUAAGGCAGGAGUAUGGUUUGGGUUAAACUGACCAUCCUGACUAGAGAGAUGAUUAUUUAUUUUACCGUUUCUUUUAUUGACAUAAGAAUUUUGAUUUAUCAUGACAAACUCCACAUGAUGAUGUCCGCUAACCCUAAAAAAGAUUACUAUUUUUUUCCACUUUUGACUUUAUGAGCAAUUUUAUGAGCAAUAAAUAUCAAUAUUUUUAAAAUAUAUAGAUAAUAGCUGGUCUCAAUUCUGUGACUAAUCCUGCAGCUUCAGAACCAACCAUCUGUCUUCAAACUGGGCCGGGCUCAGAUCUUCUCGAAGCAGUCAUGAAUCCGAACAACCAAACGGUUCUUCCCAGACACACAGAGGAAAUGCUGAUGUAGCUGAGCAGGCAGGCAGCAGAGAGGCUGGGAUGAAUUAACCCGUGUUGACUGCCAUGUUGCUGCUCCUCUGUCAUGUUUCUGCUCACACCAACAGCAUGGAUGCCAGGAGAUGCCAGAAACUGCUGCACAAGUCCCACGUUCAUCACCACCCUGCAAAACAUGAAUGUUUGACUUCGUCUUGUUUAGAUUUUUACCACCUCCUGCACUGAAUUGGGACGAUAUGGUGAUUUUCGUUUCCCCGGAGGGGGGUUGGAUUAAGUCCAUACAGUCAUAGACUCCAUCAGACAUGUAGACAGCAGCAGAUGAUAGUUUGGGCUGGAGCAGGCUGUCACUUGAGGUCAGGUUUGCUCAGUAGACUGCAGCUGAUGAAGUUCUUCAGCUUUAUCAGUGAAGAGUCUGAAUCUGUGCAAACAGCAGCAGAAACUCAGAGUAUUUCAUCACUUCCCCUCGUCCUCAGCAGUAGCAGCAGCAGCCCUCUUUAUUUGUUGUGCUCGGAGCCGUUCCCCCUGGGAAAUAACGAGUUUGUUUGGAAAAUCCAGCUCCUUACAGAGAUCAGGUAGUGAAAUCGAAGCAAACAGCAAGACUGUGGAGAGCCGCCCAUACUGUGCAAACUGACUGGGUGCUUAAAAUGUGAAGUCUGUGCCGUCUGCAGGGGAGGAAACAACAGUUUUUAACAUAAUGUGCUUCACUUUGCUCUGGUGGGCGAUCACAAGUGGAGGGAGAAAAGCGUUUUUAUGGAGCUGUAGAUCCAAAUCAAUGUAGUCGCACCUAAACAUGAUCAAUAUGUUUUCCUCAGACUGAGGUGCUUUUUAGCCUGGAGGUCACAGUUAUUUUAGGACUUGUAGCCAAAGUUGAUGAUUUGACUGAAAUGUUAUAGAAUGGCUAAAAUAUGAUAAAAAUGUUAAGUUUUUUCUUUUAAAAUAAUGAAAAGGGGGCAAAACUUCCUUCAAACCUUUCACAAGAAAAGACUCAAACGAAUACACUGUGUGCUAACAUUUCCAUUUCCUGCAGUAUCUCAUCAGGGCGACUGUGACUCAGCGAGAAGGAAGUGAAAAGUUGUUGGUUCGUUUCCAACUUGCUCCUGCCACAUGUCCAUGUGCCCCUGGGCAAGGCACCUAACCCCAAUUUGCCUACAGAACCAGACGUUGUGCAAAGGCCUCAAUGAGCUUCAGAACGGUCAGAAGCUGGCUGUCCGAAGCUGUCCCGUGGGGACCACCAAGCCGCUGUCGCUCAUCAAGACCCCCAGCCAGGGCAUCGCCAUCUCCGUGGUUCCGGCCAAGGCUCCCGUUUCCAUGGUGACAGCACACAUUAACGGCCAGAAGGCGCCCGGGCCAGAGCCGCUGCAGACGUCGCCCAUCAACCUCCAGGCGUCUGGCAGGGCGCCGGCCGGUGCCGGAGUCGUCCCAUUUGGCGGCGGCAGACGAGCCGGGGAGCUGCUGCCCCCCUCCCAGAUGCUAGGAACUCUCACUGCUGUGCCCAUCAAGGUGCCUCAAGUCAGCUCGCUGCACCGGCUGGCAGGACAAGCAGCCACUGUGCUACCUCAGGUCAGGCCAAAGACCCAGAUCCCAGACAGCCUCCCCCACAGUCCCUGCCAGGAUCUGCAGCCGCUCAGCCUGCAGAGAGUCACCGCUGUGGUCAGCCCCAAGAGCCAGGCCCCCACCCUGCCCACCGCCAACAGCACCUUCAGCUCGGAGCACCAGCCAAACAGCCAGAACAAUGCCUCCACUCCUCUGCUCGCCCCAUCACUAGGCCCUGAUUUGGGUAGCCCCUCCCAGCACGCCUCUGCAGGUCCCGGCGUGGCCUACGCCAUCAUCGCUGCCUCCCCUGCCCCCGGAAACGGGGUGUCGGCUGUCAGCGAAGCCGUAAAGGUGAUAAUUAUCCAGCCGCAGGCCCCCAGCAGUAUUGAGGGGUCCCCAGGGGCCCAGGCUGACUUCCCCUUACAGGAAGCUCCAACUGCUAAAUCCCCUCCAAAGAAGAAAAAGGAGGAGGACCCUGAGAAAAUCGCCUUCAUGGUCGCCCUCGGCCUCGUCACCACAGAGCAGCUAGAAGAGAUCCAGACGAAGAGGCAGGAGAGGAAGAGGAGAAGCACAGCCAACCCAGCCUACAGUGGCCUCUUCGAGCCGGAGAGGAAACGCCUGCCGUCACAUUAUCUGAACAGCUCCCUCUACCUGUCGGCACGAGAGGAUUUCUGCUGGAAGGAGGAGCUGGAGCAUGACGACCGCUGCGCCGUCUGCAAGGAGGAAGGAGAACUGCAGCCCUGCCACAACUGCCCCCGAGCCUACCACCCCAGCUGCCUCCACCCGCCCAUCAAAAGCCCCCACAGAGGCCCCUGGUACUGCCCCAAGUGCCAGAAGAAGGUCCUGAACAAGGAGAACCUGUCUUGGCCUCAGAACUUUGUUCAGUCCUAUGUUACACAUAAGACAGUGAGGCAAGAGGAGAAGCGGCGGCUGCUGAGACGAAACAACGAGCUGAAGAAGGAGUGUUCUCACCUGGAGGAGCAGGACCAGAAGCUCAACAAGACGCUCAAAGCCUGUAUGGAUCAGAGGGAUCGGCUCCUCGGACUGCAGAGGGACACUCAGGCGUCGCUCGACCGCCUCAAAACGCUCAUCAGGCUCAUCCAGCGAGACCAGCUCGUCCAGGUCACCAUGACUACCGUCGCCAAGCUCCCCCAGCUGUGGAUGAAACCCACCAGCACCGCCACCAUAGUGGCGGCUCCGUCGGCCGCACCGCUUCAGCCGAGCCAAGACGACGUCACCAACUAGAUUCAACAUCUCUGAAGUGUUUUAAAACCCAACACCUACAGUGCUUACGAGAUUUUUUUAAGUUAUUUUCUAUUUAUUCUUCGCCUUAAUGUAUUUAUUACGAACCGGUAGAAUCCAGCGUCCGAGUUGUCCCGAACCUGAGCGGUCAGGCAAAGGAGCGGCUGUACAGCGAUUUAUCCGAUUAGACGUUCGUUUUCAUCCUCCUGUGAACAAAGUUCCUGCCAUACGACUUCAGGAAGACGUUUCCACAAGUAAACGCAGACGAGCCUUCAAACAAAACAGAGAACUACGUUUUUCCUCAGUAUUUAUAGAGUUAAAGUCAAAGAAAAAAGUAUUUAAGAAUAAACUACAGAAAUUAGCUUUUUAGUGCAGAUUUUAGUAUUUUCAUGCCGAUGCCUGUUGAUAAAUGUAAGUUUGGAGUAUUUGAGGGGAUCACUGUACAUAUGUGCUUUCAUCAUCAUCUAAAGGCGCAUGAGUUUAACUUGUUCUUUAAGACGCAGAAAGAAACCUUCAUGCCAUCUUUUUACUGAAUAAAGGUGUAAAACACCUUGAAAACUGAGCAAUGAACUAAGCCAGACGUGCAAGAAAUCUGCAUUCACUCACCACAUUCAGGCCCGAUUACUGCUAGACUUGUGGAAUACAGAAAUCACAUACAUACAACCUGCCUCCUUACAUGAAGUAGGCCAAAGAAUCUCAAAAAUUAGCAUUCCCUCUUGUAAAGAAAUUGGAAAAGUCCUUGACGUCUAUCAGUGUGGAGAGGGUUACAAAGCCAUCUCCAAGACCCGUGAACCACAGUGAGAACCUUCCCUGGAGUUGCCAGACUAAAACUUACUCCAAGUGUACAUUAACGGCUGACCCAGAAGGUCACAAAGGAACCCAGAACAACAUCUAAAAGCACUGCUGACCACCAAGAACAUAAAGGCCCGGUUCACAUUUACAAUAAAAGGUCUUGAUGGUCCCCAAGACUUCUGGAAAAAUAUUCUGUGGCCUGACGAGACAAAAUGGGAUGCUAUCUGAAGAUAUGCGUCCUUUUCCGCAAAGACCAGGUGAAAAUCUAAUGGCAGCAAGUCUGAAGGGCUCAAAAACAAAAAAAGGUUUUUGAGUGGCCUAAUCAAAGUUUAAACCUAAAUCACCAAUAAAUGCUCAAAACCCUCCAAUAUGGCUUCCUAGCUUUUUUUCUUAAAGAAAUAAUUUGAAACCUGUUUCUUAUACUUGACUUAUCUUUGAUGAAAUAUUUAGGACAAAAAGUAAAUACGGAAUAAAUUCCUUGAAAUCCUUGCAGAGAUUCCAGUAUUUACUUAAUAAAAGCAAGCAGUGUGAAAGCUGUUCUGUAAACAUCUAAACGUGCAUUUAAAAAGGACUAAAUUCGUCUGCAGCAUUUACUGAAUCCAUCUGAGCCUGUUUAUGAUCUGCGUCUUAAAGAAAAAUAAAACUCUUGACCCAGUCUCGUGUCAUGCAUCCAUUCAGCCCCUACCACUUUAACCACUAUGGAAAAUAUGCCAAAAACGUCUUUUUUGUUUUAUAUUUUCUGUGUAUUCUGAGCGACGGAUGAACACUGCCUCACAUCGUUUCAGGGUUUCAGUCUUUGUUGUGUUGUAUCAUUUUGUUGUUUUAUAUUUAAAAACAGAAGCAGAACGUCUCCGUCGAGCUGCAACAACAGUCGCGUGUCUUCCUGCCGGUCCGGAGACGUCCCGCUUUAGCGCCUGUGUUUAGUGGGUUUUUUUAUUUAUUAUUUGUGGUACUGUACUCACCGAUCAGUCAAGGUGCAGCUCUCCAAUGCACAAACAUGAACAAAAAGGAGAGGAAAAAUGCCUUUUAUCAGAAAAGAUUUGAUUAGAAUCAUAUCCAGCUCACCUGUUUGGUCUCUGAAGGAUCAAUGCUGCAGGAUCUCAGCUUGAUGCAAACUUCUCUGCUAAAAACCAUGCAGAGAAUAACAAGUUAAUCCAGUGAAACUAGAAAAAUCAGUUUUGCGCCAGGAUUCCUGAAAGGAAUGAACUUACUGGACGUCUUUGUUUCUCCUGGCAGGAUCGGAACGAUGAUUUAAACCAGACAAAGAUGAAUAUCACACAUUUAAAAUGUACAUUUUAGUAGUAACUGAACAAAAACAAAUUAGGUGAGCUGCAGAAAAGGCUAGGAGGUUUUGAAUCAGUUUGCACCUGUUGUUGCAUGCAUAAUAAAAGAUAAAAUAUCACUUUAAACACCAUAGUAUUGAAGUCCCUAUUUGCUUAUUUACCAUCCAAUCAUGGAGGCUCUUAAUGCUGACAUGAUACAGCAGCCAUCAUGGAUUCAGAUUUCCAGCGAAUUGAGCCUCGAAUUUAAAUCACUUUAUUUUAGGGUAAGAUGAAGGUUCCUGAUUGGGUAACAGCUUCUAAAAGCCGGAUCUUUAAAAGAACAUUUCUGGACCGGUAUCGCAGGUAACUUGUCUCUGAGUGAAGCUGCCUGAAGAAAAGUUUUUUGAGAACUUCCUGAUUAAAAGGUGAAAAGACACCUUUUAUGAGCAGAAAUCUUUGAGCAACUUGAGAUCAGAUUACUUUUCGCUUCCACCCCGGCGGAGCUCCUUCAGAGUCCAACCUGCCUUCACGAGAGAAUUAAAUCAUUAUCAAUCUGUAACACGAGAAGGCUUUUAUUUUGAAAUGUGCCAUGUGAUGCAUAUCAGGUCCUCACCUGAGAGGUGAAAGUUCAAACCAAGAUGGAAACCAUAUCAGUUCUCCGUGACACAUCGAUGCUUCACUCAUUUAAAAAUAAAAAACGAAGCCCACCUUGCUCCUCCUCCAUCCGUUUCUAGGAAUCUUCUCCGGGAGAAACUGUGCAGUGCUUAAACAGAUCUAUUUUACUACGCGACACAACAUUUGAACAAAACAAAAAAGAAGAAAAAAAAAAAAACAUUUUUAUAUUCUUUUAUCGAGGAGCCAAGAGAAACCAGAAGAGUGUGUAGAUGGAGGUGAAGUAGACAUUUCUGUUCGUCGGUGGAGGCGGGGAACUGUCCAGUGGAUAGUGUGUAUAGGAAGUGUUUGUCUUAAAUAUGCCAACGUAGUUUUUCCUUCUUUCUGAUGCAUCAAAACGCUGAUUGAUGGAAGGAUCGAUGGUUAAAGAAUAGUCUCACCUUUUGUACCAAGUUCUUACAAAAACAUGGAAUCAUUAAUAAACAAAAUUCAAGACCAAA